AUGAAGCAAGUGCGCCACACAUCCGAUAUUGCCGAUUCCAACAAGACAGCUCCGAAUGACGGCCAGAUAAAAUGGGAACUGUUCAGUCACACGUUACGUGAACUGUCAAAGACCGUCACCUCUGACCCCAACUCGUGUCGAAAACGUGGCCGCGGCGUCAGACCCUUGAUGGUCAUUGAAAUUCGGCAGCUGGGUGAAAUACGAGCUGGGUUGGAGUGUGGGAGCGAGGGGAAUCUCUCCUCGCUCCUGCAACCCUCCCGUACGCUCAUCUCCCCCUACUGUCAGGCAACCCUCCCGUACACUCAUCUCCCCCUACUGUCAGGCAACCCUCCCGUACUCUCCUCUCCCCCUAUUGUCAGGCAACCCUCCUGUACACUCCUCUCCACCUUCUGUCAGGCAACCCUCACGUACACUCAUCUCCCCCUACUGCCAGGCAACCCUCCCGUACACUCCUCUCCACCUUCUGUCAGGCAACCCUACCGUACACUCCUCUCAACCUUCUGUCAGGCAACCCUCACGUACACUCAUCUCCCCCUACUGCCAGGCAACCCUCCCGUACACUCAUCUCCCCCUACUGCCAGGCAACCCUCCCGUACACUCCUCCCCCCCCCCCCCCCCCACCUACUGCCAGGCAACCCUCCCGUACACUCCUCUCCACCUUCUGUCAGGCAACCCUCCCGUACACUCAUCUCCCCCUACUGUCAGGCAACCCUCCCGUACUCUCCUCUCCCCCUAUUGUCAGGCAACCCUCCUGUACACUCAUCUCCCCCUACUGUCAGGCAACCUUCCCGUACACUCAUCUCCCCCUACUGCCAGGCAACCCUCCCGUACACUCCUCUCCACCUUCUGUCAGGCAACCCUCCCGUACACUCCUCUCCACCUUCUGUCAGGCAACCCUCACGUACACUCAUCUCCCCCUACUGCCAGGCAACCCUCCCGUACACUCCUCUCCACCUUCUGUCAGGCAACCCUACCGUACACUCCUCUCAACCUUCUGUCAGGCAACCCUCACGUACACUCAUCUCCCCCUACUGCCAGGCAACCCUCCCGUACACUCCUCUCCACCUUCUGUCAGGCAACCCUCCCGUACACUCCUCUCAACCUUCUGUCAGGCAACCCUCACGUACACUCAUCUCCCCCUACUGCCAGGCAACCCUCCCGUACACUCCUCUCCACCUUCUGUCAGGCAACCCUCCCGUACACUCCUCUCCACCUUCUGUCAGGCAACCCUCCCGUACACUCCUCUCAACCUUCUGUCAGGCAACCCUCACGUACACUCCUCUCCCCCUACUGUCAGGCAACCCUCCUGUACACUCCUCUCCCCCAACUGCCAGGCAACCCUCCCGUACACUCCUCUCCACCUUCUGUCAGGCAACCCUCCCGUACACUCCUCUCAACCUUCUGUCAGGCAACCCUCACGUACACUCCUCUCCCCCUACUGUCAGGCAACCCUCCUGUACACUCCUCUCCCCCAACUGCCAGGCAACCCUCCCGUACACUCCUCUCCACCUUCUGUCAGGCAACCCUCCUGUACACUCCUCUCAACCUUCUGUCAGGCAACCCUCACGUACACUCCUCUCCCCCUACUGUCAGGCAACCCUCCUGUACACUCCUCUCCCCCAACUGCCAGGCAACCCUCCCGUACACUCCUCUCCCCCUACUGUCAGGCAACCCUCCCGUUCACUCCUCUCCCCCGACUGUCAGGCAACCCUCCUGUACACUCCUCUUAACCUUCUGUCAGGCAACCCUCCCGUACACUCCUUUCCCCCUACUGCCAGGCAACCCCCCCCUUUACUUUUCUCCACCGACUGUCAGGCAACCCUUCCUUGUGUACCUCUCCACCGACUGUCAGGCAACCCUUCCAUGUGUACCUCUCCACCGACUGUCAGGCAACCCUUCCAUGUGUACCUCGCCACCGACUGUCAGGCAACCCUUCCAUGUGUACCUCUCCACCGACUGUCAGGCAACCCUUCCAUGUGUACCUCUCCACCGACUGUCAGGCAACCCUUCCAUGUGUACCUCUCCACCGACUGUCAGGCAACCCUUCCAUGUGUACCUCUCCACCGACUGUCAGGCAACCCUUCCAUGUGUACCUCUCCACCGACUGUCAGGCAACACUCCCAUAUAAACCUCUCCACCGACUGUCAGGCAACCCUUCCAUGUGUACCUCUCCACCGACUGUCAGGCAACCCUUCCAUGUGUACCUCUCCACCGACUGUCAGGCAACACUCCCAUAUAAACCUCUCCACCGACUGUCAGGCAACCCUUCCAUGUGUACCUCUCCACCGACUGUCAGGCAACCCUUCCAUGUGUACCUCUCCACCGACUGUCAGGCAACACUCCCAUAUAAACCUCUCUACCGACUGUGAACUUUCUCCCGACUGCCCAGUCACUCUGUCCACUUUUCUGCCCGCUGGGCUAUACUCCACAUCUGACACACCUGGUUCAAUCUACUGCGUCUUGAAGUCCCGCCUUCAUUUCGAUUCAUCACCCUCAACGACUCCUUAA